CACAGCGAGCGAGGGUGAGCGAGUCGGCUAGCGGCUCUUUCGGAGACCAAGAGUCGCGUCCAGGGGGCGUGACGGACAGGUAGCCGUCUUUUAAAAAAACAAAAACCAGCAACCACACAGACACACAGACACACACAGACGGUAUCUUUGCCUCAGCGUGGUCGGAGCCUUUUUCCGGGCAUGUGCAAGCUCAACACGUUCCUGCUUGCGCCCGAGGUGUGAGUGUGGUGGCCUCACGGUUCGAAUCCUUCUGACUGCUAAAAUCCUCCAUUUCUUGCUGCACGGAAAAUCAGAAUGAAGGAGGUAAUGCCUAAUAACAGUACAACAAGUAUAUCUCAAGCAAGAAAAGCAGUGGAGCAGUUAAAAAUGGAAGCAUAUCUGGAUAGGAUAAAGGUGUCCAAGGCAGCUGCUGAUUUAUUGGCAUACUGUGAUGCUCAUAUGGGAGAAGAUCCCCUUAUUAUACCAGUGCCUGCAUCUGAAAAUCCCUUCCGGGAGAAGAAACUCUUAUGUACUAUCCUAUGAUUCACCCUGUGAUUAAAAAUGUUACCUGUGAAAAUACAUUACUGAUGGUGCAUGCUUUCCUCAAGGUUUCUCCCAUAUAGUAAUUUAGUCUAAAAGUAACCCUUUCUAGAAACACAAUAUAUUCUAGGUUAAUACAUUUUAAGUGAAGGUCUUUAAUGUCAAUUUUUCUAUCAGUGGUAUGUGUUCAGCAUUUCUAUUGUUCUCUAUUUGUGUUUUGUAAUAAAAGAAUCCUAUUUGUUUUUAAGUAUGUGAUAAAUUAGAUUUUGUCAGUUAAAUUUCAUGAACUGUCUUUGACUUGUUUGUACAGUAGACUUACACAAUAAUGGCUAAUGAAUUAACCAAAAUGCCUGAUGGAACACUACAGUGAAUCAUACAUCAACCCUACAGGUUAGGUUCGCACAACAUGCUGAGUCACAAACUGGCCAAUCACCUUUUAGCCUCAUGUGUUGUGCAAACCCAGGCUGUCUUUCAAAGAGACUAAAACUAUGAUGAGCAAUACCCACCAUCAAUUUCUUAACUUUUUUUUUCUGUUUAAAAAGUGGGAAUUCAGCAGAGAACGUGUUUGAUGAAUGUUUGAACUAUGAAUAUUAAAAUCAAAUCAAAUCUUCCCAACUAGCUGCCUUAUGCCGAGUCAAACAACUUAUCAACUUACUUGGAAUUAUCUGUGUUGAUGGGCAGCACUUUUUCAGGUUUUGAUCAGGAGCCUAUUCAAGCCCUACCUGAGAUGCCGAGGAUUUAAUUUAGGACUUUUAAAAUGUAAAACAUGUUCUUUAUCAUUAACAUGUGGCUCUUCUCCAUUUUGGGAUUACAGUAUGCUAAUUGCAGUGGGCAGUAGCACUACUAGUAAUGAUUGUAAUAAUAGUAUCAGCACAUGGAAAACCUGCAGGUCAAAUUAAGACCAUGCUGAUUUCAUUCCAUAGAUCAAACUGGUGUAGUGUGGAGUGCAGUUCAAAUAAUGAAUCAUUUCUCAAAAUCUUACACAUGUUGAUUAUAGUUUCUGUGGCUACAGAUUCCCAUUUAACACUAUAAAGUAUGCAGCCUGCAGCAAAGGAUGAUGUCAUCGAGAUAUGUUCCUUAAUAUUCCAGAUUAUUCCAGAUUGGGAUAAAUACCUCCAGUCUUUAUAAUAUGCUAAAUACAGAUUUUAGUAGAGUUCAGUGUGUAUUAAGCAACAUAGAUUUCUAUGGUCUUUAUGUUGGCUCUUAUCUUAAAAAAUUUCUUAAGCCAAUUCUGGCAAAAGAUUGUUUGAUUUCAGACAAUUAGUUACAUAGUUCAUUUGAUAUAUGCUGUAUGAUAAAAUGUGCUGUUAAUCAUAUUCUUCUUUAAUAUUUUAAUAAAAGUUACUUUUAAUUUA